AUGGCAGAGAGGGGCCAGUGAAAACAAACUCUUCCCCCCGAAAGUGAUCUCAAAAUGAGCAGUUUCAACCCCGGGCCGCGGGUGGUGACCAUCUACAAGACUGACACGGGGUUCGGGUUCAACGUGCGAGGUCAGGUCAGCGAGGGAGGUCAGUGGAGGCCGAUAAAUGGCGAGUUAUACCCUCCCCUGCAGCACGUCUCGGCGGUGCUGGAGGGAGGCGCGGCGGAGCAGGCUGGGAUCCGCAAGGGAGACCGAAUCCUCGAGGUGAAUGGGGUGAACGUGGAAGGUGCCGAACACCGAUAUGUAGUAGAGCUCAUUAAACAAGGUGGAGAUGUUCUUAAGUUGACGGUGAUCUCGGUUUCCCAGAAGGAAGCAGAGAGGCUAGAGCCAAGCGAAGAGACCUCAGGGUUUUCAUAUAUAGACUAUAGUGAGAAACGAUCGCUACCCAUAUCAAUUCCCGACUACUCGUACAUAGAAACGGCAGGGGACAAGUAUGUCGUCUUCAAUAUCUACAUGGCAGGGCGUCACCUCUGUGCUCGCAGAUACAGAGAGUUUGCUGUCCUACACAAUAACCUGAAGAGGGAGUUCAUGGAUUUCAACUUCCCUAAGCUACCCGGGAAGUGGCCGUUUUCCCUCUCUGAGCAACAGCUCGACGGACGGAGGCGGGGACUAGAGCUUUACCUAGAAAAAGUGUGUGCUGUGAGAGUGAUAGCUGAGUCUGAUAUAAUGCAGGAUUUCCUGAAUGAUUCAGAUGAUCAUCAGGGAAACAGCAUUCGCGUAGACCUCAAAGUAUUACUUCCUGAUAAGACUGUGGUGACAGUGACUCAGGCCAAGAAUGUAUUGGCUCACCAGGUGUAUCAAGCAGUGGUGGAGAAGAUUAAUCUCCCUCCAGAGACGGCAAAGUGCUUCGCGCUUUUUGAGAUUGUAGAGUAUAACUUCGAGCGUAAAAUAAGUGAUGACGAAUUUCCCCACAACCUGUACAUUCAAAAUUAUAGCACCGCAACAGCAACGUGUCUCUGUCUGCAUCGCUGGAUCUUCAACCCACAGAGAGAGAUACGCCUUUGUGCAACAGAUGACACUGCUCACACAUGGCUGUUUUGGACAGCUGUGGAAGAUGUGAAUCGAGGCCAUAUCAAACCCACAGAUCAGUUGUAUCAGUUAAAGGCAUUGCAAGAUGUUGCUCGAAAGGAGCAGUACCUCCAGGUUGUCCGCGGAUGUGAAGGCUAUGGCGAUAUAGUGUUCCCUCAUUGCCCAUGUGACUCCAGGAAGAAGGGACAUGUUGUUGCCUAUGUGGGUUACAAGUCAUUUAGGUUACAAGCUUGUAAGGAGGAUGGUACAUUACAGACGCAGGUAAUUGACUUUGCCUGGUCAACGAUUGAGAAGUUUGAAAUAGAUGAUGAAGGCAUGGCAUUCUGUUUCCUCUAUCGGCAAACUGAGGACCUUAUCAGAUGGGUGAAAAUCUUCACUCCUUAUUAUCACUUCAUGGACGAAUGCUUCCAACGAAUCCAGGAAGAACAGCAGUGGACGUAGGUAGCUGGAAGCGGCAUUUGACUUAGGAAAUUAUUGAAACUUAAGGUGGAAUAUAUCUGAUUGUAGAUAUUGUGAAAUAAGAGUUCUGUUGUGAAGGAACAGAAGUAGAAGAAGAAAUCACUAUAGGAUUAUACAUUGGGUUGUAUUUCUGCUGGUCAUUCCAUUGUGAAUUGAAGAUAUUGUUUUUAUUAUUAUCGUAAUUAGUUAUUGUUUUAAUUAUCAUUUAAUCAUUACUAUUAAUGGUAUUAUCAAUAUUAUUAAUUAUUAUUAUUAUUUUUUCAUUAUUAUUAUUAUUAUCAUCAUCAUCAUUAUUGUUAUAAUUAUAUUAUAGGAGGUAUCAAUUUGAUGAUGUAUAAAUUGAAGUAUUUCAAUUGCCCAAAAUAUUAAAUGUACGUAAAUACUCCCCUCCCCCCCUCUCCCCGUGAAAAAAGAGGAAGCUAAGGAAAAAUCCAGAAAUAAAUCAGAAUACUACUUUUAACUUGACAUCAUGGAAAUACAUGAAUGUUAUGCAAGGAGACAGAAGAGAUAUAUAUUUAGAGUAACUUAACAACGCAGUCCAAAGAACCAUUGUUAGAUCUGUACACUGUAGGUUGUUAGAACCUCUCUUGAGUAUGCUAACAGAAUGGAUGUAUGACGUUACCUAUCCACUAGCUGUGUAAUAGGAAGCUGUUCCGCCAGGCACUAUACAUAAAUGUUUUUAGCUAUGUAUGAAGAUUAUCAAAUAACAUUGAUUUCUCAUGUUUUUAGGUGUUUUUAAGAUAUAUUAUUGAGUGAUAAUUUGUGCUCAAGUCUAAUAUUGUCUAUUUUCCAAUGAAAACUGGUCAAUAUGACAUGUACAAUAUCACAGAGACUUGUAAAGUGUAUCUGUGAACACUUAAGGAAAUGGAAAAGAAAAAGAGAGAGAGAGAUUCCCGAGGGAGAAAGUAUGCAUGGUGUGUAGUGUAAUUUGCCUUUGGUUCUUAAUUGAGGUAUGUACUGAUCUUAUGUUGUUCAUGUACUUGUUUCUUGUUUACCGACAUGAUACUAUUGAUACAUAUAUAUAUAAUUUUUUUUUUUUUUUUCCGUUGAGUAAAAAUUAUCACCGAUUGAUUUACAAAGAUGUAUGAUACGGUAGCUGUAUGAUUUAGUAUGUGAUAUUAAUUGUUGGUUGAUGUAGUACUUUAUUUUGACUCUGCUAAGGGGUCUUUAGAUUACGUAAAACCAUUUGAAGGUACUCAUAUGUUACGAGGAGUUAUUUCACCAAAGCAGUCUGCCAUGAAUCAUUUUGAACGCACUCCAGGAAUAGCAUAGUACUGAUAGGAUCUACCGGCAUCCUGCUUAUUAGCCUUGGGUUUACAUGGAGAAAAAAAAAGGAAGAAAUUAUUUAUUCUGUGCCCUUUCAUUCCCAUUCUAUCUAUACACAAGGCUUUGAAAAUGAACAUUGUUCCACUGUUUUGUCACUGAUUCAUGUAUUAGUGCUAGUUAAUUUUUAUAGAUAUUUUUUGUUCACUGAAUGCCAGUGUAGAUGUGAUACAGAUAGCUCUAUUAGACAUUUUUAAGUUGCAUUCAUGUGUAGAAUUAUUGGUCUACAGUAUUAUAAUUAUCUAAAAUAGGGUCACCAUGUAAUACUUACCUAAACUAGGGUCAUCGUAUAUGUUGUUUAUGUUAUUAUUUUUAUUGUUAUUAUAAUUAUCAUAUUCUUUUUAUAUAAUAUUCUUAUUAUUGUUUUUUGGAAGACAGUUACAUAUAGGUUGAAUCCAUCUUCAUUUCACUUUCUUUGUACUCUUAUGCUGCCUCUUCAUCUUUUGACUAAUGAUAAGUUCAAAGAGUUGUAUUUUUAACUUCAUACUUAACAUGUUUUGCAUUUCACGCAUUUUUAUCCGAUUCCAUUCAAAAUAUUUAAUGAUGCUCUUCAAGUCACUCUUCACCCGAAAUACCCUCUUUAGUUUUUGGAAGGUGCGUUGGUGAUGAUCGGGAGGAGAGGUUGUGCUCGUAGAAUCCCCAACACUCGCUUCAAAUACCCGUUGGGGAAAAGGGGAGGAGAGAGAAAUAUCCCUCGGUCAACUGGCAUUGUACAUAAUAGGUUGGAUUCCCUUCCGUUCCCUUGUAUUACCGACGCACCUUUCCUUAAGGACAUUCCAUUUUAUAUAAGAACUUGUUAAUGAUUUUAAGCUAGUCUGAUGAAAAUAUAUAUAUAUACAUACAUAUAUAUAUAAAAACUAGGUUUUAUUGUAGGUAGAUAAGCACCUGUUUAUAUUUUUAUCUUUUUAUUUUUUUAAUCGAUGAAAGAUGACAUUCAUAUCUUUUAUCCAAAGAUUUGUAGUAGGAAAAAGCAAAGGAAAGUUACAUUGAUGCCUAAGGCUUUUAUCAGAUAGAGGACAUUGACCAUCAGUGAUGGACUCCCUCCCCUAGCUCCUCCUCUUCCUCUUCCUCUUCUACCCCCUCCUCUUCCUCUAUCUCUUCCUCCUCCUCUAUCUCUUCCUCCUCCUCUAUCUCUUCCUCCUCCUCCUCCUCCUCCUCCUCCUCCUCCUCUUCCUCCUCCUCCUCCUCCUCCUCCUCCUCUUACUCCUCCUCCUCCUCCUCCUCCUCCUCCUCCUCAAGACCCACAAUCCUGUGUGAGACAGCUACUGUGUGAUACCAUAAAUCAUAUCCCAGACAAUCCCUCACUUCUUGCCCGCUCCGCAAGCAAGAAUGUGUUUCGCUCUAGCUCUCGUAGUAAGAACCUCCCACCUUCGCCCAUAAUCGCGGUAGUAUUAUUCUUUGAUCUUAAUAUAUAAGUGUUAUGGAUCGCAGUGAUGGUCUGUGCCAUAAAAGAUGUUUUAGUGCCAGAUGCCAACUGAACAAAAGAAGUGUUGGUGUUGGAUGUCAACAGAAAGAGCCAUAGUUUUGAAUCAAAUAUUUUUCUAUUUAACUGAUGAUGAUGAUGAAGCCUCAUUAAUCAGAUGUCACUCAAGUUAAUGUGUUUGAGGGAUAGAUUUAUUUUAUCAAUGAUGCUUUCUUCGUCUAACUGUCGUGGUGUAAAUGUUCAGUGAAAUUUAGGUGUUUCGAUCAUUGCAGUUUCACUGGGAAAAAGGAAAACAUUCUGUACCAAAAAUAUGUUAGCUUGUAGAAGUAUUACCUUUUUGAAUGGGAAAAGUAAACUUAAAAGUUUUUCAUGAUUUUGGCACAGGAUGACUUUAGCAAAGGCUUUUAGGUAUCAUAUCUAAAUACUCCAUCCAAAUAUAAACCUAAAAACAUGCAAAAAAAAAAAUACAUAAAUGACUAAAAACCAAAAAAAAUAUAUAUAUAUCAAACAAAAGUAGAAAAAUAUCCUUUCAUCUUUCUCAAGAUUUUUUAUUAUUAUUGUUAUUAUUAUUAUUAUUAUUUUUAUUAUUAUUAUUAUUAUUAUUAUUAUUAUUAUUAUUUUCUUAUAAUUUAAAGCUUUGUAGUCUUUUGCUUCAUCCCAAAAACCUUCCAUUUUAUUUCCUAUCUAGCAAAAUGACAAGGGAACAAGCCUUUCUUGAAUGAUGUAUUUUGUCCUAUAUGAUUUUUCUCUGUGAACCAUUGAUGAUAUACAUAAAUAUUUAUGCUGAAUUAUGUACCAGCACAUUAUUAUAUUCAGAUGCAUGCAUACAUUUGAUGUAUAUAUAUACAUGCCAUAUUUAUGAUGCAUGGUACUAUGUACCUAUUAAAUCAUCCACAUACACAUUGUAUAUAUGAUGUAGUUUGUAUGUUCCUUUUGAAAGACAAAUAUAUUGCUUCUCAUUA